UCCAGCUACCUAGCCACCGUCUGAACAGUAUUCUUAGACCUUUACUUCUGAGAGGGAUUGAUUUUCUCUGGGUGCCAUGAAGGCACUACUAGCUUUAAUACUACUUGUUCAGCUUCCAAUUCACAGAGCUGUACCCGCAGCUCCCCCGCCUCCCUUGGGCUGCGAUGACCCAGAAUCUGAAGCAGCAGCUGAAGUAGCUGUGAAUUACAUUAAUGACCACAGCCACCACGGAUACAAGUUUGCCUUGAACAGAAUCGAGCAAGUCCGCGUGCUGCCGCAGGGGCCAAAUAAUGAGAUACUGUUUCUUGAACUUGACUUAUUGGAGACCACGUGUCCCAUUCUUAGCCCUACACCUCUUGCAAAUUGCACAGUAAGGAGCUUCACAGAACACGCAGUUGAGGGUGACUGUGAUGUUAAACUGCAGAACUUGAAUGGAAAGCUGUCUGUACUUGCUAGUAAAUGCCACUCACAUGCAGACUCACGUGAAGAUGUUCUGCAGCUCUGCCCUGACUGCCUGCUCCUUGCGAGUCUCAACAACACCGAGGUGUUAGCAGCUGUAACUGCUGCCCUCAAUGACCACAACAGCAAAACUCCUGAUGCCUACCUCAGACUCCUUGAGAUUGGAAGAGCCAAAAUACAGUAUCACCCCGUGCACAUGGUCUCUGUUGAGUUUGCUGUGGCUGCCACAAACUGCACAGCAGAAGAGGCUAAAGCUAAUCUGGAGGCUUGUCAACUGCUUCCUGAGGAUCAGUCUAAUUUUGGUUUCUGCAGAGCAGCAGUGGUAACACAGCCCAAAGAGGAUCUCCAAGUAGACUGCGAGCUGUACGGACACCAGCCUGGAGUUACCUUCUCUCACCCAGGUCAAGACACAUCAGCAGGACUGGUACCCAGCCCUGGACAAGGCUUCACUAACCAUAACCUCAGACUUUCCCACAAUAGCCCUGUUGCGUCUGAAUCUAGCUCUUCAGAGUUUCCUUCUUCUGUGCUUUCAGCAAAAUCCGUAGCAAAGAGAGCAGCUCCAGAGGUUGCUCAGCAUGAUAAAGUACCUCGCCCAGUUGGCUUUGUGCUUCCUCCUCCUCCAUGCCCUGGCAGGGUUCGUUAUUUCAAGAUAUAGGCUGUGUUACAGCCAUGGCAGGACAGCUAACUGAAGGAUCGGCGUGCAGCAGCAGCAUCAACACCCGGAGCACAACAUCAAGUGCAAAUAGCUGAGAAAUUGACUCUGGGCCCCACUGAAUUUCACCCUCCAGAGAACAGAGCCGAGGCCAGGAUCUUGCAAAGGCCUGCUACAAAAUAUAGGGGACUGAAACAUAUGGCAGUUGUUUUCUUUACGUACUGGGAUGCUCUAGGUAAAAUACAGCAAAAAUUGUUUCAAUGAAACUGUUGAAAGAGCUAUACAACAGUUGUAGCUUUGUGAUAGAAACACCAGCUGAAAGAUUACUUCACAAUAAAAUGUUCAACAAAAAUG